UCUUCUCCAUCUUCUUCGUCUUCGUCACUCGUUUCCUUUGGCCCAACAUGGUCUACGACACGGCCUACUAUGACAUCCUGGAGAUCAGCAUCGAGGCCACCGAGGUCGAGAUCAAGAAGGCUUACAAGAAGAAGGCGAUGAAGCACCACCCAGACAAGAACCCAGAUGACCCAGAAGCUCAUGAGACGUUCCAGGCUAUCUUGCAGGCGUACGAGACGCUCUUGGAUCCCAACGAGCGCGCUGCAUACGACCAAUAUGGUCCGAAUGGCCCACAACACGGCGGCCCAGGCGGUGGCGGCUACGGCGACGACUUUGACAUGUUCGAGGCCAUGUUCGGCGGCAUGGGCGGCUUCGGCGGGCCUGGCGGCGCGUCGUUCGGCUUCGACCCAGCUGGCAAGCGUCCCAAGCCCUCGCGCGGCAAGAACACCGACGUCGAGUACGCCAUCAAGCUUGAGGAGGCAUACAAGGGCAAGAAGGUUGUGAUGAACCUCGAGCGCGAUCGAGCGUGCAAGACGUGCAAGGGACGGGGAGGCCGCGAAGGCAUGAAGAUGACGCAGUGUGGAAAGUGUGAGGGCAAGGGGGUAAUCUUCGCCGACCGUCAUCUCGGCCCAGGGAUCGUCGGCAAGGUGCGCGUCCCUUGCACCGACUGUGAUGGCGAGGGCGAGCACAUCCGUGAGAAGGACCGCUGCAAGAAGUGCAAGGGGAAGAAGGUGAUGAAGGAGAAGAAGCGCGUCGAGUUCCACAUCGAGCCGGGAACUGAGGACGGCGAGAGAAUAGCGCUGCGUGGCGAGGGCGACGAGGAGCCAGGCGUUCCCCCAGGCGACGUCAUCUUCCACAUCCGCAUCAAGCAGCACGAGACAUUCACGCGCUCCUUGGCGUCGCCCGAGAACCUCCAGAUUAACGUCACACUGCGAUUGUCGGAGGCGCUGCUCGGCUUCAAACGCAUCCUCGCUAUCCAUCUCGAUGGCCGUGGUAUCCGCGUCGAAUCGGCGAAGGGCGAGCGGAUCAUUCAGCACAAGCAGGAGCUCGUCGUGCGCGGCGAGGGCAUGCCGAUCCGCGGCACGGGCAAGCGAGGCGACCUGUACAUCAAGUUUGAUGUGGAGAUGCCUGGCCGCAAGAAGAGCAUCACCAUGGACGUCGAGGAAUUCCGCAAGCAAGGCUACGCCGCCGUCGACGCCAUCUGCGACUACUACACCACGCUGCAGAGCCGCACCGUCAAGCCCGACGUGCAGCCUGGCUAUCUGAUCAAGGCGCUGCCGACCGCCGCGCCAACCACCGGCCAGCCCUUCUCCGCCAUCGCGGCAGACUUCCAGAACCACAUCCUCCCCGGCCUCACGCACUGGCAGCACGGCAAGUUCUUCGCCUACUUCCCAGCAUGUGUGACCUUCGAGUCGAUCCUCGGCGACAUGUACUCGAGCAGUGUGACGAAUCCUGGGUUUAACUGGACAUGCUCCCCAGCCUGCACCGAGCUCGAGCAGGUCGUGCUCGACUGGAUGGUGGACAUCCUCGGCCUCGACAAGAUCUUCCUCACGAGCUCCGGCAAGGGCGGCGGCAUCAUCAGUGGCUCAGCCUCGGAGUCCGCCCUCACCGCCGCCAUCGGCGCGCGCGAGCGCGCCCUCCGGGUCCUCACGCUGCAGGCGUCCAACGGCGCCCUGUCCCUCGACGACGCGAUCGACGUCCCCGACAGGCUGAGGGAGGAGAGCACGCCCAAGCUCGUCAUGUACGGGUCUACGCAGACGCACUCGCUCGGCGCGAAGGCCGCCAAGAUCCUCGGCCUCGCGUUCCGCGCGCUCCCGGUGCACGCGUCGGACAACUACGCGCUCCGAGGCGCGACCCUCGCUGCCGCGGUCGAGGAGGACAUCGCCGCCGGCCUCAUCCCCUUCUUCGCGAUCGGCACAGUGGGCACCACGUCGACCGGCGCGGUCGACUACAUCGCCGAGAUUGGCGAGGUUGUGCGCAAGCACCCGACCAUGUUCCUCCACAUUGACUCGGCGGUGGGUGUUGGUUUGUGUGGCUAUGCUGACGGACAGUGGGCUGGCGUCGCGUACGCGCUGCCUGAGACGCGGACGGCGCUGCGCCUUGCCGAGGUCAACGAGUACGCCGACUCGUUCUGCACCAACAUGCACAAGUGGGGCCUGGUGGGCUUUGACUGCUCCCUCUUCUACGUCCGCGAGCGCCGCGACCUCACCGAGGCGCUCGACGUCACGCCGGCUUUCCUCCGUACCAAGGAGGGCGACGAGGGCACCGUCAUCGACUACCGCAACUGGCAGCUCGCGCUCGGCAGGAGGUUCAGGAGCAUCAAACUGUGGUUCGUUCUGCGAAGCUACGGUGUCGAGGGGUUGCAGAAGCACUUACGAACGGGUAUCGAGCACUGCAAGGAGCUUGAGAAGCUCGUGACAGCCUUGCCCAACUUUGAGAUCGUUGCCCCGCCAUCUCUCGCCCUCCUCGACUUCCGCCUCGUUCCGGCCAACAGCUCGCACUCUGAGGCCGAGCUUAACGCGCUCAACCGCGACCUGCACGCGCGGCUGGUGAUGCACCCCGACGUGCACCUUACGCAGACGCUGCUCAAGUCUGUCGAGAGCGAAAUCUUCUGCAUCCGCUUCGCGAUGGGCCAGAACCGCACGACGCUCGCCGACGUUGAGCAGGUGUGGGCCAUUGUCGAGGCCGAGGCUGCGCGGCUGCUGCUCAAGCGCAAGGCUAUAAACGGGGUGGUCACCAAUGGCGUGGUGGUGGACACUGCUGUCGAGGUUGUGGUUGUGUGAACUGAAGUCGAAGUCUGAAGCCAAGCCAUCUGACAGAG